AUGGCAAAGACUGCUGUUCACUUCGGUGGUGGAAAUAUCGGCCGUGGCUUCGUUGCCGAGUUUCUUCACACUGCCGGUUAUGAAGUCGUCUUCGUUGACGUGAUGGAUAGCAUCAUCACCUCCCUUCAAAACACAAAGUCUUACCAAGUCACUGAGGUCAGUGAAGGAGGCGAGGUCACCAAGACCAUUACCAACUACCGUGCUAUCAACUCCAAGACCCAUGAGAAGGAUGUCAUCCAGGAAAUCGCCAACGCUGAGAUCGUGACCUGUGCUGUGGGCCCCAACAUCCUCAAGUUCAUCGCACCCGUCAUUAGCAAGGGUAUUGAUGCUCGCACUGUCACCAAGCCUCUGGCUGUCAUUGCCUGCGAGAACAUGAUCGGUGCCACCGACUCUCUGCACGGCUUCAUCAAGGAUAACACCGACUCGACACGUCUCGAGACCAUGGAAGAGCGGGCUCGGUUUGCCAACUCUGCUAUUGACCGCAUCGUCCCUGCUCAGGCCCCAAACAGUGGACUCAAUGUGCGCAUCGAGAAGUUCUAUGAGUGGGUCGUCGAACAGACUCCCUUCGGCGAGUUUGGACACCCUGAUAUCACAGCCAUACAUUGGGUCGACAACCUCGAACCCUACAUUGAACGCAAACUGUUCACCGUGAACACUAGCCAUGCUACUGCAGCCUACUAUGGCCGCUACGCUGGUAAGACUACUAUCGCUGAGGCGAUGAAGGAGCCCUUCAUCCGCAACACCGUUCGUGAGGUGCUCCAGGAAACCUCUAGCCUCAUCGUCGCCAAACACGGUAUCAGCGCUAAAGAACAAUCUGACUAUGUCGAGACUAUCAUCGGUCGUAUUUCCAACCCUUAUUUGGAGGACACCGUGGAGCGUGUGGGUCGUGCCCCAGUGCGCAAGCUUUCUCGAAAGGAGCGAUUCAUCGGACCGGCUUCCCAGCUGGCUGAGCGUGGCAUAUGCCCUGAUGCUCUGAUGGGAUCGGUGGAGAUGUGUCUUCGUUUCCAGAAUGUCGAAGGUGACGACGAGAGCUUCGACCUCGCUACCAUUCUCAAGGAGAACUCGCCCGCAGACGCCACUGUCCAACUCACUGGCCUUGAGCGAAAUCACCCUCUUUUCCCGACUGUGUCCAAUGUGAUCUUCAAGGUCCAAUCUGAGGCUAAGGAGACCGCAGGCCAGCCUCGUAUGUAG